AUUAUCAGUUACAUCGGGAAUUUUGGGAAGGUUGAGGAGUAGGAACGAUACAGCUUUACAGGGAAUUUUCAAGGACAAGAGCAAAUAUCAAACGCUCACGAGGAUGUCCUAUUGCCAAUGUCGAUUGAAGUUGGUGUUUGCGAGUAUAUUCAAGCAAUUCGGGUGGAAGCACGUAGCUCUUUUAUUGGAUCGAUCGGAUUUAUUUUCACUUACAGUUGGUAAAAAUUUGGAAUAUGGUUUAAAAAAAGAAGGAUUAUUAACUUUCGUAAGAGAAUUAGACGGAAACGAUGACGAAUCUUACGACAACUAUCUAAGAGAUGCUAGUAUGUAUGCUAGAGUAGUUAUUCUGAGCGUAAGGGGAGUUUUGGUAAGAAAAUUUAUGCUCGUCGCACACGAUCUCGGUAUGACGAAAGGUGACUGGACUUUUCUCGAUGUCGAAAUCUUCAAGGGUGCUUAUUGGGGCGAUCACGAUUGGGAAGCCGGCGAUAAAAACGAUUCAAAAGCACGAAAAGCAUUCGAAGCACUCCUCCGCGUAUCCCUUUUACAACCGACGAGUGAUAAAUUUCAAGAUUUCGCCGAUCGCGUGAAGGAACGCGCCCAACUCGAUUAUAACUACACCAUCAGCGAAGGCGAAGAGGUGAAUUUCGUGAUCGGAGCUUUCUACGAUGGUGUGUAUUUACUUGGAAUGGCUCUAAACGAAACGAUCACCGAGGGUGAAGAUAUUAGAGACGGACUGGCAAUCACCAGACGGAUGUGGAACCGAGAUUUUCACG